AUGAGUUCUUCAAAGGAGUUCGACUACGAUUACAUCGUGAUAGGAGGUGGUUCAGGGGGUCUUGCGAGUGCGAAGGAAGCAGCAACAGCACUAAAAGCAGCAGCAGCAGCAUCAUCAUCAUCAUCAUCAGCAUCAAACCCCGGCUCAGCAGCAUCAGCAGCAUCAGGAGUAUCAGGAGCAGCAGGAGGAUCAUCAGCAGCAUCAGCAUCAGGAGCAGCAGGAGGAGGAAGCAGCGUAUCUGUAUGUUUAUUUGACUAUGUUCGCCCUUCACCUCGGGGCUCAGUGUGGGGUUUAGGAGGUACUUGUGUCAACGUAGGAUGCAUCCCUAAGAAGCUAAUGCAUUAUGCUGCUCAGCUGCAGCAGCAACUUGCUUGGGACUGCAGACAGCUCGGCUGUCUCUCCUUUGAACGCUUUCAUCCUUCAACGGGCGAACCCCUACCCCACAUGCAGACUUGCUGCUGGUCUCAGCUUGUUCAGUGUGUGCAGUCUUACAUAAAACAAUUAAACUUUAGCUAUCGCGUCGGCUUAAGAAGUGCGGGGUGUACAUACAUCAACGCAGCCGCUCGGCUUGUGGGGCCCCACACUGUUGAAUAUGAAGUCAAAGGCGAAAAAAAACAGCUGACAGCGCGAUAUAUAUUAAUUGCUGUUGGGGGGCGGCCCUACAUUCCUUCGGGUGUACGCGGAGCUCGCGAGUUUGCGAUUACUUCAGAUGAUAUCUUCAGUCUUAAAACCCCUCCAGGAAAGACGUUGGUAGUAGGCGGAAGUUAUAUCGCGUUGGAGUGCGCAGGCUUCCUUUCGCAGCUUGGCUAUCAAGUUACCGUCGCCUACCGUUCGAUUUUACUGCGGGGCUUUGAUCGGCAGUCUGCAGAGAAGGUUGGGAGCUGCAUGCAAGAGCUCGGAGUCAAGUUUUUAGAGAAGUUUCUUGUUGUUUCAAUUACAAAAAAAGAAGACAAAGAAGACAAUAGCAGCAGCAGCAGCAACAGCAGCAGCAGCAGCAGCAGCAGCAAGCAGCAACUUGUUGUGGUGCUGCAGCAUGCCGAAAACCCCUCAAUUACAAAAACUAUUGUUGUAGAUACAGUUUUAUAUGCAACAGGAAGGAAGGCCGAUAUACAUAAUCUAAGAGAUGUUGUCGCUGGAUUUCCUGAGCUCACCCCUGCAGCAAUACGCGCAGGCGAACUGCUGGCGAGGAGACUCUUCAAAAAUCAAACAGAAGUUUUUUGCUUAGAGCAUGUUCCUACGACUGUCUUCACGCCGGUAGAGUACGGCUGUGUGGGUUUAUCAGAAGAGGAUGCAAUAGCUAAGUAUGGAGAAGAGAAUCUUGAGGUGUAUCUGCGAGAAUUUUCGCCUCUGGAGGUUUCUGCAUGUCAUAGACAGAAAAUAAAACAAAGAGAUGAAGAAGAUAAAGGAGCAGAAGACGAAGACGAAGACACAUCUUUGUCGCCUUGUUGUUUAGCUAAAUUAAUUUGUUUAAGAAAAGAUAAACAAAGAGUUGUCGGUAUACACUUCGUCGGCCCAGAGGCUGGAGAAGUCUUACAGGGCAUGGCUUUAGCUAUUCGUCUAGGAGCUACGAAAGAGGACUUUGACAGCACGGUGGGUAUACACCCGACGAACGCAGAAUGUUUUAUGCAGCUUCAAAUAACAAAAAGAAGCGGAGAGAAUUGGGUAGCAGCGGGAGGCUGUGGAGGAGGCAAGUGCGGCUGA